AUGAGGGAUUGGUCUGACAUGGAAAGGAUAUUCCACGAACAUUUCUACCAGACCAAUCGGGAAAUAACGGUCGCCGAGCUGGCAAGGAUGAGCCAGGUGUCAGACGAAUCACCUCGCGACUACGUGCAGCGGUUCAAAACGUGUAGGAACUGGUGCCGCACGAAUCUACCGGAGAGGGAAUUUGUCAAGAUGGCCGAAGAAGGGUUGGAAUUCGAAUACUGGAAGAAAUUCCAGGGGAUUAAAUUCCGGGACAUGCACGACUUGAUCAACAAGGUGGACCGAUACCCAUCCUUGUUGAAAGAAGAGGUGCAGAAGAGGAUGGCUUCAAAACUGACUUACUAUCAAAAUCCCGUUGUCAGCUAUGCUGAAACAGACAACCUCACAGAGGCCGAGGGCGACGAAGUUGAGAUGAGCUCAGCCGAAGUCAGUAUAGACAAGCUAUUUGUCUGCAAUGGACUUGUCAAGACCGACGCCAAGUUCGCGACUCGAGAAACAAAGGCCUAUACUUUUGAUUUGACCAGGGCCAAAGCUAUCUUUGACCUACUGUUAACCGAGAAGAAGGUCAAAUUGUCCUUCGGCCAUAAAAUAACGAAACUUGAAGAGCUCAAAGGAAAGACAUUCUGCAAAUACCACAGUUCUUGGUCUCACAACACCAAUAAUUGCGUUGUUCUGCGAAACGUCAUCCAGAAGUUGAUAGACGAAAAGAAGCUUCAGUUCACAGAAAAGGCGGCCAUGCAAGUCGACUUUAAGCCAUUCCCUUCGCCUAUCAUCAACAUGGUCAACAGUCAGCUCCGGGCCGAAUAUAGGGAAGUUCGUCGGCCUGCAAAAGGAAAGGAGCCGUUGGCCGAACCAGAGCCGGUACCGUGCAGUCGGUGCAAGUCUGAGAUCGAUCAGCUCAGACCACCGGAAAACAAGAGGAAGGCCAUCGAGCCGUCUCGAUCGGCUAUGAGAAAAUUCGUCGGCCAGCGAGAAGAGUUGUUUUCGACCGACUAA